AUGCUCAAGAUAACCAACAUGGAGGACGACCCAAACUGGUACACCGCCGAGCUCCACAACCGGAAGGGCUUUGUACCGAAGAACUACAUAAAUCUACGGCCACAUGCCUGGUUUGCCGGGCGGAUAUCUCGCGGAGUGGCAGAAAGCCGGCUCAGACACAGAGAGUGCGGCGCCUUUUUGGUUCGGGAAAGCGAGAGUGCACCCGGGGAAUUUUCCAUGUCUGUCAGUUACGGCGACCACGUGCAGCAUUUUAAGGUGCUCCAGGAUCGGUGUGGUCAGUACUACGUGUGGGACGAGCUCUUCUCUUCGCUCAACGAACUGGUGGAGUUUUACCACAGCAACAGCAUCGCAAAGGAGAGGACGGUGUUUCUGCGAGAUCCAGAGCAAUUCGCCAGGCGCCCCCACCACGCCCACGCCCUCUUUGACUUCACCCCUCAUCAACAGUCCCAGCUGCGUUUCCUCCGCGGCGACAUCAUCGAGCUGGUGGACUGCUCGGACUCCACGCGCUGGAGGGGCCGGUGCCACGGACGCGUGGGCUACUUCCCUCCGGAAUACGUCACACCUGUGGGGCGGUGCCUGUACUCAGGCGCCUGUCACUCACAGGAGCGUGUUUCUCUGCUCCAGAAGCCUCUCGCCGGGAGCGUGGACGUGAUGGCUGGUUACGGGAAGUCUCCAUGGGGCCGAAAUGUUGUACAGGACAUGAGCUGA